AUGUACGAGUCUCUGCCAGUCCCCUAUGGGCUCGUUAGGUUUGGCGUGGCGCCUGACCAUCCAGAGGUGAAGAAUUGCCAGGACAAGUUCGAAGAGAUAGCUAGCUCCCCAAACUUUACCUUCGUCGGCAACGUCUCCGUAGGCGAUGCGACUCACCAGUCGCACAGUCAAACUGUCCAACUGCCUACUUUGCUCCGUAACUAUGAUGCCAUCUUGUUCUCAUACGGCGCCAUCAAGGACAAGGCACUUAAUGUACCCGGUGAGUCAUCUCUUGCCGGUAUAUACUCAGCACGGCAGUUUGUUGGAUGGUACAAUGGGCUUCCCGAAUCGGCUGGCCUCGCCCCAAAUCUCGCCACAAGCGAUGAAGCCGUCGUGAUCGGCCAGGGGAACGUUGCUCUUGACGUUGCAAGAAUCCUUCUAGAAGACGUUGAUGUUCUGCGAAAGACGGACAUUACCGAUGAGGCUUUGGCCACACUAGCCACUUCUCGUAUACGUCGGGUGCACGUUGUUGGAAGGCGCGGGCCAAUGCAGGCUGCCUUUACUAUUAAAGAGGCUCGGGAGUUGAUGAAGAUACCUGGUGUCGCAUUUCACCCUGUGGAACCGUCUCUGAUCCCCCCUGAUCUCAAAUCGCUUCCCAGGGCUACGAAACGCCUGAUGGAACUGGUGGCCAAGGGGUCACAGGCACAAGUGUCGACCGCGCCCAGGUCAUGGUCCUUGGACUUCUGCCUUUCACCGACCGAGUUUGUUGCCAGCGAUGUCUCGCCUCAUUUUGUCGGCAGCACAGUGCUCGAACGCACAGAGCUCACCUCCAAGUUCGAUCCAAACGCCCAGGCGCAGCUGAAGGGCGAAAAGAUCAUUUUACCGUCAUCCCUUGUCUUUCGCUCCAUCGGAUACAAAUCAGCGCCGCUCCCGGGUUUUCAAGAGGCAGGUGUGUUGUUUGAUGAGCGGCGCGGCGUCAUCAUGAACGAUGGGCAAGGACGUGUUCUUCGAAGAACGUCGACUGAGCUUGAGACCGAUAUCAUGUCAGAACAUUCUCCUGGCCUUUACUGCGCUGGCUGGGUCAAGCGUGGGCCCACGGGAGUCAUUGCAACCACCAUGCAAGACGCUUUCGAUACUGGCGACUCGAUCGUACGAGAUUGGCUCUCGGGUAUCAAGUUCCUACAGGCAGGAGAAGAUUCGAGCUCAAGCCCGCUGCCAGGAUGGGAUAAGGUGCGUACAGAAAUGGCUGUGAACAAUAACCAGCCUACGGUGGACUGGCACGGCUGGCGCAAGAUCGACCAAGCUGAGCGAGAAAAGGGACAGGAGAAAGGUAAGGAACGUGAAAAGUUCACAAGCACUAAGGCCAUGCUCGAAGUUGUAGCAUAA